AUGGCCCCACACUUGGACUCUGAGACUACGUAUUUGAUCGAACUCUUCGCACAGUGGCAGAUCAAAGACCAAAACACAGCUCUGUACUUUGGUGCUGCUGUCCUUGGGCUUAUUGCAGUAUUCACAACCAUCCACUGGACCGAGGUCAUAUUCGACAAGCUAUGCAGUCGUUCAUCGUCCCUCAGACAAAAUGUUAGGUCAAUCACUCGAAGAGUUAGUCAGAUAUGCAGAGUACGACACAUCGGAGGCCUUCAAGUCCGUCCAGGACGAUACAUGCUAUCAACGUUAUAUUUUGCGAUUAACAUCAUCCUGGCAUUCCAUGACAACCCACUAGGAGUGACCGCCCUCGGAAUCUUUGCUAAGCGGCUUGGAUGGAUGGCAUUAUGCAACAUGUGCUUCGCCAUAUUUCUAGGACUCAAGAACACACCGCUAUCGCCCUUGGCAGGAAAGACUUAUCAAGAUCUCAAUGUCCUACAUCGCUGCGUUGGAUAUACGACGAUUCUGUUUUACGCGGGUUACGUUGCUGGUGUGGCGAUGGUCCUCAUCUUCUGCACCGCCAAUGGCCAGGUCCGCAAGCGCCAGUACGAGUUCUUCUACAUAGCGCAUAUCAUCCUCGUCGCCAUCAUUCUCGUCACCGUUGGUCUGCAUCGCCCUGAGAUGAAACUCAACGCCCUCAAGAUCACCAUUUUGGCAGGGAGUUUGUGGGCCGCUGAUCGCGUCUUCCGCCUGUCUCGCUGGGCAUACUUUGCCUUGGGCAACUACUGUACACUUACGCCGCUGUCAACCAAUACCACCAAAGUUACCUUGCACCGCUCCCUGUUGGCCGGCCGGCCAGGCUCUCAUGCAUUCGUCUGGAUUCCCGGAGUUCGGGCCUUCGAGGCUCACCCAUUCACCAUGGUAUCGAAUGAACCCGUCGAGUUUCUGGUCAAGGCGCACGAUGGCUUCACGAAGGCUCUAUAUCGAAAAGCUUGCGAAAAGCCGGGCAAGAAGUUCCGCGCAACAAUCGACGGUCCUUACGGCAAUGCUCCUGACCUCGACAAAAACUACGACAGACUCCUCCUGGUCGCUGGUGGCAGC